AUGGGUGGAGAAGUAGAAGAAGAAAGGGGAGGACGAGCUUCGGCGGCGUCGUUUUGGGCGUGGUGCAAUGUCAACGAUGACAAGAAGGCGUAUGGAGCCGUGGUGCUGACACGGCUGAUCUACGCCGGAAUGUUCUUGGUACAAAAGGCGGCGUUCGACGGCGGCUUGAACCCGGCGAUCUUCGUCUUCUACCGGCAAGCCUUCGCCACCCUCUGCCUUGCUCCGCUUGCCGUUUCCCUCGAAUGGAAGGAUGCACCGAAGUUGUCGCUGCUCACCUUUUGCGAGAUUUUCGUGCUUGCCCUCGUCGGGAUAACGUUGGCAUUGAAUCUUAAUGGUUUUGGCUUGCUUUACACCUCUUCCACCUUGGCCGCGGCUUCCCUCAAUUCCCUCCCCGUCACUACUUUCCUGUUGGCCCUCCUGCUUCGGUACUUAAAAGUUAAUGCCAUAUUGCUCCCCGACCGUUCGAGAAUAGUAUAUACAUAUCUGCCCAUUUGUGAGAAUGUGCUCACUAACACGUGGAGCAAUCAGAUCGUGCAUGAAAGUGUCACGACCAUUAGAUAG